AUGACUAGUCUGAGUAGAAGCCUCACACUCACUGCGUUACUUUCAAGCCUUCAACAGUUGUUUCUGGCGGUACCCGAGCCCACCAAGUCGGCGCCGGCCCCGAAGAAGGGCUCCAAGAAGGCGGUGACCAAGGCGCAGAAGAAGGACGGCAAGAAGCGCAAGCGCAGCCGCAAGGAGAGCUACUCGGUGUACGUGUACAAGGUGCUGAAGCAGGUGCACCCCGACACCGGCAUCUCGUCCAAGGCCAUGGGCAUCAUGAACUCGUUCGUCAACGACAUCUUCGAGCGCAUCGCGGGCGAGGCGUCCCGCCUGGCGCACUACAACAAGCGCUCGACCAUCACGUCCAGGGAGAUCCAGACGGCCGUGCGCCUGCUGCUGCCCGGGGAGCUGGCCAAGCACGCCGUGUCCGAGGGCACCAAGGCCGUCACCAAGUACACCAGCGCCAAGUGAGCCUACCAGCUGCAUAGGCUUUU